ACAUCAUCAGUCAGUAUUACUCAAAAUAAUUACAUUCUCUCACACAAUUCCAUUUUUCUUCCGGUCAAAACUUCUCUCUCAGCAAUUUCUCUUUACAAUAUCUCCUUAAUCUGACAAUGGAUCUUGGGUGCUUGGACUUGGGUUGCACCGCAGUCUCAGACAAGUUAAGCAAUGACAGAGCAGUUGAUUCUACGAACAAAGAAAGCGUUUCAAACGAGCCCGUAUCAGCCAAUUCUAAAUCCGGAAAGAGUAGAUCGCCAAAAGGGACAUCCCAAUCAAUGUUGAAUGCUCUAAACAAGUUUACAUCGCAAAUUAAGAAGCCCCCUCACCGAAAAAAUUCUCCUAUCAAUUGGUUUCCUCGCAAAAAGGUGGACUCCUAUCUAAAGAGGAAGAUAAGAAUGCUGCAGGAAGUAGAUGGAAUGAAUUUAACUCUGGAUGAGACACUAGGUGACACAAAUCCACAUUACUCAAGAGUCCUUAGAGAGAAAAUUGCAGCAAGAGAGGCUGCUCACAAAGCCAUGGAGGCUCGGAAAGCUGCACUGGUGGAAGCAUCUUGGUGUCGAAUACUUAAAGCAGCAAGGAUCCAAAACAAAGAAGCAGAAGCCCUUCUGUCAGAAUCUGAGAAAGCGGCAGCUGAAGCUUUUGAAGCAGCAACAGCCAUGGGAGUUAUCAUGUAUGAUACGCCAAAUUGUCCUCAAAAAUAUUGUCAAAUAGAACCAUCUGCUGAAAACAGUGAAGUGUCCACUACUCAUACCAUUACAGCAUCAUUUGAAACUGCAUUUGAGGUAGAUAAAGAAGUUGCGGCAGCGGUCAAAGCUGCAUUCAUUAGACUUGCUAAUUGCUCUUCCUUCAGUAAAGAUGAAUUUAGAGAUUGGCUGCAUAAAAUCAGUGAGAAUCCGGACACAAAUGACAGUAAUAAGGAAAUAUCAGGAUUUUCUUCAGAAUGUGAAACAGAGUCUGGGUCAGAACUUGAAACAGUGUCUCAAAAUACUGGUUCUGGUUCUCAAGACUUGGACUUGAAGAUGCCAGUUAAUGGGAUGAGGCAAAGAAAAUCCAAGAGGAGGCAGUCUUCCGACAAGUUCAGCAUGACCAAACUGAUAGAAAUGAUGCUUGAGAGGCUCAGUCACCUGCAGGAAGAUGAACUUUCAUCUCUUGCCACUAUAGUUGCAACUUGUGGUUUAAAUGCUGCCUUAGCUAAAGUAGAGAACUGUAAGAUACAUUAUUCAAGCUCUGCUACUGAUAGCUCCACUUCAGCUCUUAAUCCCCGACGAAUGUCUUCUUUGGGAGCAGGAACAGCGAAAAAAACUAACCUUGAUUACUUUAUGGAUGUGCCAGCAAUCAGGAAACAUACUGAGUCAGAACUCCCAAGUCUAGAGAAGUUUUUGGUUAAGCACAUGUCGAAACUUGAAAGAGAGGUGCAAGAAGCCAAGAAUUCCAGAAUGAAUGAAUCCAGGAAAACUACUGGGGAGUAUCCUGGUAGAGUUGAACAUGGACUGGUCAAGUUACAAAAUGAAACUUCUCAAUCUGAGGCUGAUUCUGAUUUGGGAAGUGUUCUUGUCAAGCGUUCUUCAAAAUUCAUGAAAGAGGUUGAAGAAGCAAAGAAUAACCCUGGAAAUAAGUUGGAGAUAAUUCAUAAAAACUUGGAAAUAGGAGGAAUGCCAAACCAGGUGGUUAGUCGUCAGAAGGAAGAUGUUCAAGAUGUCCCCAGUUUAGAUAAGUAUCUUGUGAAACAUGUCUCGAGACUGGAAAAAGAGGUCCAAGAAGCUAGGAGCCGAAGAAAUAAUGACCCAGUUCAAAGCAGGGUGACUGAUUCAACAGAGAAGAAUUCUUUAAAUUCUGUCCCAAAAUCUGAGAAAAGUGAAAUUUCUUCUUCUACUACAGUGGUGGGGAAAGAAAAUUUUGACCUGAAUAAGGAAGAUGCUAGAUUUUCUGAAAAUGAUAGUCUUGACAAGAUCUUGGUAAAGCCAGUGCAUCGGUUGGAGAGGGAGAAAAUGCAAGCAUUGUCCAAGGGAAAUACUUAUGGUUACAAUAGGUCUGAAAAGAAACAAAUAGGGAACAGUGUAACAGAUUGUGAUAGCUUGGACAAAGUCUUAGUAAAGCAUGUUUCUAGAUUGGAAAAGGAGAAAAUGAUGUCCAAUGCAAGCAAAGAAAUCGUAAAAGUGAAGAGAAACACGCAUUCAUCGAUGAAUGAAGAAGAGGUUAGUCUUGACAAAGUUUUGGUUAAACAUAAAUCAAGACUGGAGAGAGAAAAGGUGGCUGCAGCUGCUGCUGAGGAACCAGAAGUCCUCGUUAGAUCAUCAGUAUCUCGUAGAGAAGCAAGGGAGAGAGAAUUGCAAGAAGCAUGGGGAGGAUUGAGCUUAGGAAACUCUAUUAGGCCACAUCUUUCUAAACUUGAAAGAGAGAAGGCUGCUUGGAUUAAAGCUGAAGAGGAGGAAAGGAGGCAAGCAAUGGAGGAAGUGUAACUUUACCCCCCAAGUAGAGUGUUCAAGUUAAAAUCAAAUUGUAACAUAUAUAGUCCUCUGUAUACUUCUUUUUGUUUCCUGUGAGACACUGUUGAUUGAUUCAUCAACAUGGAGGAGCUUCCUCUAGCAUGUUUCUUUCAUAAUCAAAAUAAAUCCUUUCAUAUGUUGAAGGGUUUUUAAAUGAUUGUUAUUUAGGAAUUCUUGAACUCAGGAUUGAACUAUGAGCACCAAGUAUCCAUGAAAUUGAAUUACAUAAGCAAUUAUUCUCCUGUUAAA